AUGUCGCCCCCCGCGCCCGCGCGGGUGCGGUGGCGCCGCGCCCGCGUCGACCCGAAUCCCCUCGCCCGCGCGAACGUCCUCCUCGUCCUCGAAAUCGAGCCUCUGGUCGUGCGCACGCGGUCGCCGUUCGCGACGUCGCACUCGUCCACCGCGGAGCGACGCAACGCGCUCGUGCGCUUUACCGUCCGCCCGCGCGGGGAUGGGGACGGGGACGGGGACGGGGACGGCGACGGGGACGGCGACGGGGAUGGGGACGCUCGCGACGACGACGACGACGACGACGACGACGACGACGAUGACGACGCCGUCGUCGGCAUCGCGGAGAUCGGCCUCCCGCCGAAGAAACCCGGGGUGUACGACGAGGACUACGACGACGUCCGAUCGUUCGUCGUGGACUGGUUGUCGUCGUCGUCGGCGGCGGCGGCGGCGGCGGCGCGCGCGAGCGAGACGCUCGGGGACGCACGCGGAGAGCGUGCGGACGUGCUCGACGGGCUCCCGCCGUGGGCGCUGCCGGAGGUCCGGCGCGUCGCGGGUCAUCAAGACGGGCGCGGCGACGUCGUCGAAGAAGCGUGUCUCGCCGCGUUGGAAACGCUCGACGCCGCCGCCGCCGCCGCUUCGCCGCUCGUUCACGCGGCCGCGCGGUCGGGGAUCGAGACCGCGAUCUUGGACGCGUGGUCGAAGCGUCUGCGGAUGCCGCUCAGCGCGUUCCUCAGGUUCCCUCGGGAGGCUGGCGUCCCUCGCGACGGCGUCCGCUCGCGCGCGUCGAGUUACUACACCGUCGCGCUCGACGACGACGUCGCCGCCGCGGUGGCGAACGCGCGCUGGGGCGCGACGUACACGCGCCAUCUGAAGCUCAAGAUCGGCCGCGACGCGACGAGGACGCGCGCGCUGCUGCGCGCGCUCGCGGACGCCGGGUUGAUCGGAGAGGCGGGUGGGUCGGCGGGGGAGGACCGCCGGGGUCGAGCCGGGGUCGAGCCGGGGUCGAGGACGGUGUGUCUAGGACUUUUGCCGUCGUCUCUCUGCGCCCACCCCUCGCUUUCAAUCCCCACCCUCGACGCCUUUCAACUUCAACUGACGCCUUUGAACUCCACCCCGACGUUCGCUUGUAUGGAACGGCCCUUAGACGCCAACGCGGCGUGGACGCCCGCGGACGCGUUCGCCGCGCUCGACGCCCUGCGCGCGUUCCUCCCUCGCGUCGCCGCGCUCGAGCAGCCGUUCCCGGUGGACGUCGUCGAUUCGCCCGGCGGUGACGUGGACGCGUGGGCGCGCGCGGUCGCGGCGUGGCGAGACGCGGGGGUCCUCGUCGUCGCGGACGAGAGCGCUCGCGACGCCCGCGACGUCGUUCGCUUGGCGUCGAUGCGUCUCUGUCACGGCGUGAAUCUCAAGGUGGAGAAAGCAGGCGGGGCGAGGGGGGUGUUAUGCGCGUCGCGCGUCGCGAGCGAGUUGGGGCUGAGGACGUGGCUGGGGAUCAUGGUGAGCACCGGGCUGGGGUGCUCCGCGACGGCGGCGCUCUUGGCGGCGACGGCGGCGGGCGGCGGGGACGACGCGUUCUCGGAUUUGGACGGCGACCUUCUCGCGACCGAGUGUUCGAGAGCGAGGUUCGAGGGCGGCGUCGAGUGGGUCGGGGACGGGUUAGGGUUAGCGCUGAGUCGCGGCCCCGGGCACGGCGUCGUCGAGCGGCGGCGGCCGGGCGCGGGUCGGACAUCUGUAGUGUAG